GUUGGCUUGGUUGGCGCCACGUGGUGACGUAAAACCGGCGUUUACAUCGGACGACGCUGACCUGAGUGACAUAUAGCCACACGUUAUAUUUUUAGACACAUUUAGGGCUAUAUAGCUAUGUAUAUUGAGUUCAAACUGCUUGUGAAAGUAGGCUAUUGUUUUGUCAACUCCAGCACACGAAGAACUGCAGGAAGUGAGGAUAUGUAGGCUAACUUGUAAUGUAGCAAGGUUUGAGUGUGGUGUCUAAAACCUUUGCGCGAACUUCGAAUUAUUUCAUGGUUUCGCUAACUAACUUCAUUUUAUCUCAGGGAAUGACUUUGCUUUAAAACGACUUUAUUUGCUAACGUGGCAUAAUCAAUAGAAACCGGUGUCAAGUUGUAGUUUGAUUGGCGAACUUCGAGAGGUGGUGUAGCUGGCUUGUUUUAAAUGUCCCAAAACGACAUUUAUUUUCCAAAGGUCUGGGAGCGGUCGUAGAUAGUCAGGCUACUCUGAACUCUCACUGAAAUGUAACAGAAAUACGUGUCUGUAUUGUAUUCACCAGCACGUCUUUGAAUAAAACGUAAACUGCAAUAUGAGCAGCGGAAAACCCUCCUUGGUUGAUGGCGAAAUCAACGACAAUCAAAAUGUGUCGGAUUUGGAAAAAAAUAAAAUAAUGUCUGCGGGUGACAGCGAGGAGGUACAACUCAACCGGAACGGCGACGAUACAACCCAAACCAUCAAACUAUACAAACGGCGAUGGUUCAUCGUGUUGCUAUUCAGCUCGUACUCUCUCUGCAACUCGUUUCAAUGGAUCCAGUACGGAAUUAUCAACAACAUUUUCACGAAGUUCUACGGGGUAGAGUCUUUCACCAUAGACUGGAUGUCAAUGAUAUACAUGUUGACUUACAUUCCCUUCAUAUUCCCAGUCACCUGGCUACUGGAUAAGAAGGGUCUCCGUGUUAUUGCGCUAGUGGCUACGGCCAUGAAUUGUGCGGGGACUUGGAUCAAGGUGACCAGCGUGAGACCGGACCUGUUCGCGGUCACCAUGCUCGGACAGUUCUGCUGUUCCCUGGCGCAGGUGUUUAUCCUCGGGAUGCCGUCGAAGAUCGCCUCGGUGUGGUUCGGAUCGGAGGAAGUGUCCACCGCUUGCUCCAUCGGGGUCUUUGGAAACCAGCUGGGUAUAGCCGUCGGGUUCCUGCUACCUCCCAUCCUGGUGCCUAAUGUUGAGGACAUGGAUCUGCUGGCCUAUCACAUCAGUAUAAUGUUCUACAUCACAGCAGGAGUUGCUACACUGCUCUUCAUACUGGUCGUCAUAGUGUUCCAGGAGCGUCCGGAGCUUCCUCCCACCCAGGCCCAGGCGACAGCUCGCUGCAUCCCUCCAGAACAGUACUCCUACACCGCCUCCAUCCUCAGGCUGCUCCGAAACAAACCCUUCCUCCUCCUCAUCCUCACAUACGGACUGAACGUGGGCUGCUUCUACGCUGUUGGCACACUACUGAACCGCACGAUCAUCGAACACUACCCUGGUGAAGAGUUGAAUGCAGGAAGGAUAGGCCUCACCAUCGUUAUCGCUGGCAUGGUGGGUUCGCUGAUCUGUGGCAUCUGGCUAGACAGAACCAAAACAUACAAACAGACUACCCUGGCGGUCUACCUCAUGUCCUUCGUAGGGAUGUUGGUCUACGCCUUCACCCUCAGUCUGGGUCAUCUCUGGGUAGUCUUCCUCACUGCUGGAGCUCUGGGGUUCUUCAUGACAGGCUAUCUUCCCCUGGGCUUUGAGUUUGGUGUGGAGCUGACCUACCCCGAGUGUGAAGGCACCUCUUCAGGCCUGCUCAACUGCUCUGCACAGGUGUUUGGUAUAAUCUUCACUAUCUGCCAGGGGAAGAUUAUAGAUAACUAUGGGACACUGGCAGGAAACAUCUUCCUCUCUGUCUUCCUCUUCAUCGGAUCGGUCCUCACAGGCUUCAUCAAGUCAGACCUGCAGAGACAGAAGGCCAACCAGUUGGCCACGGCAGCUGUCCCUUCAGAUCCCGAGGAUGGGAACCCCCCUGCCUCCGCAGUCCUCAAAGGAAGCAGGUUUUAGAGACGGACGAUCUGCUGGACACACACACACACACAGACACAGACACAGACACAGACACAGACACAGACACACACACAGACACAGACACAGUAAAUCACCAGCAUCUCCCGCCCUGUAGAAGGUGAAGUUUAGGGGAGGAGCACAAUCAGGAAGUGUUUAUGACCACUUCACCUUUAACACCGUCCAAUAAGACAUCCACUAUUUACGCAACAAGUAUUAUUUAUAAUGUCAUAUCUAAUCAAUUACAUUUUUACUGUCCAAAAAUUAGCACAAAUAAUACUGCCGUUGUACAGUAGACACUGAGGAUACAACACAUUAAGGACACUUCCAUGACAGACUGACCAGGUGCAUCCAGGUGAAAGCUAUGAUCCCUUAUUGAUGUCACUAUUUAAAU